AUGUCUGCUACUCCGGUUUAUACAAAGAACGCUGCUCCCCCGGCUGGCCCUUACUCCCAGGCCAUCAAGACUCCUACUGCCAUCUACUGCUCGGGUCAGAUCCCCUGCGACCCUGAGGGCAACCUGAUUGAGGGCACCAUCCAGGAAAAGACUCGUCAGUGUAUCAACAAUCUGAAGGCUGUACUUGAGGAGGCCGGCUCGUCCCUCGAGAAGGUCGUCAAGGUCAACGUCUUCCUCGCGGAUAUGGGUGACUUUGCUAGCAUGAACGAAGAGUACGCCAAGUGGUUCACCCACAAGCCGGCGCGCAGCUGCGUCGCUGUUAAGCAGCUGCCCAAGGGUUUCAUCGAAAACCCGAUAACCUUCAUCACAACUCCCCUCUAUUUCAUCAGCUUCCUCAUCUCCCUCGCCCUAGUUGACCUGCGCAACACCGCUCGUCGCGCGCACUAUCAUGGCGAGCAGAACCCUCCUCGUGUACCGAGCUGGUUGCAUCGCGCCAUCUUCUACCAGCCGUCUCGAUCUACUACUACCGACCGAAAUUCUUCAGGGGUUUCACCUGGGCAGAGACUCAAAGAUGAGGCGCCCGCAAGGAAGAGAAGGGUAACUAGGGGCGGUUUGGAUGAUGAUUACUAUCAUAGCCAUCAGCGAAAGUUGCUGAGAAUGGAAGCAGAAGAGGCGUUUGAGAUGAGACGCUGGGUGAUGAUUGGGUUGAUAGUGAUCAGUUUGGGGCUGAUGUGGAUGAGUUGGAAGCUUGUGAGUUGGGGAUUGGGGGCUGUUAAGGCUUUACUGCGGUCUUAA